CUUCCUCCUGCAGCUCUGAGUUUGAUUCAAUCAAAAAACAAAAACAGAAUCCGCGUUUUUCUUCAUGAAAAAAGUGAAAAUCCAAAGUGAAAAGUGAAAAGUGAAAAGUGCACAAAAUGUCCGCCAAACCCACGUGCCUGAUCGUGGCGAGCGCGUGCGCACAGGGAGUUUCUGUGCAGUGUUUUCAGAAAGCCUUCAGUCUGUGCAGUCCCGCCUUUAACCUGCAGACCGCCACUCCCGGGGGGAAGCCCAUCGACUUCGUGGGGGUGGACGAGAACACGGCUCGAUGGGUCCAGGACUUUAACAUUAAACCUUACGCCACACCGGCCAAACUGGAAUCUAUCGACGGGGCCCGGUACCAGGUGCUGCUGAUCCCAGACUGUCCCGGGGCCCCCACAGACCUGGCCCACAGCGGCUCCCUGCACCGAAUCCUCACACACUUCAUCUCCAACCAGAAGCCGGUGUGCGCCGUGGGGCAGGGGGUGGCGGCUCUGUGCUGCGUCACAGAGGGACAGACGUGGAUCUUCAGUGGAUACAGCCUCACAGGGCCGUCCGUCUUCGAGCUCGUGAGGAAGCCUGAUUUCGCCGACCUGCCGCUGAUCGUGGAAGACUUCGUGAAGGACAGCGGAGGAUCUUACACAGCGAGUCAGGAGGACGCGGUGCACGUGGUCAUAGACAGACACCUGAUCACGGGUCAGAACGUCCAGUCCACCUCCCUGUCUGUGCACAACCUCAUCCUGCUCAGCUCCAGCAAGUGAACGCAGAGAACCACCAAGGAGAACCACCAAGGAGAACCACCAACACACAGAGAACCACCAACACACGGAGAACCACCAAGGAGAACCACCAACACACAGAGAACCACCAAGGAGAACCACCAACACACAGAGAACCACCAACACACGGAGAACCACCAACACACAGAGAACCACCAACACACAGAGAACCACCAACACACGGAGAACCACCAUCCCAGCCCCCUAACCCCAGGCUCUCCAGCCUUUUUCCUCGGCUGAACUCUUUUACAAAACAAAAAUGCUGAGAGCUCCUAAUUUUAGCAGUGGUGAGAAAUUGAGAAAGUAAAGCCACGUCGAGUCUUACAGUUAGAAGAUUAGAAACCAGAAACGUUUAUCCAUCAGUACCGCAGAAGUUACUCACCAAAAUGACACAUUUACACUGGAACAUGAGCAGAUUUGAGUCAUUCAGCACAUUUUGUAGAAUUCAGAAAUCCUUUGGUGAGUUGAUUGGAAGAAGGUGGAGAGAUACAAGUUGGAGACCAAAUACACAGACACCACCAUCACAACACACACCCUGACCCCUGACCCCAAACCCUCAUCCUGACCCCAAACCCUGACCCUGACCCCAAACCCUGACCCUAAACCCUGACCCCAAACCCUCAUCCUG